CUCAGCUGUGUUCGUUUAUCGUGGAAGUUUCAACAUGGGACAAUUUUACUUCGUUCUUCUUACAGCUAUCAGCUUCAUCAGAAUAAGAAGCCAGACAUAUUUUGAAAUGUGCACUUUUGGUGAGGAUAAUGCGUGUGACUAUUUCCAAGGCACUGAUGAUGACUUUGACUGGCAGCAUGUUGAAAUCCAAAAUCCAUCUGGACAGACGUCAGACCUCCUUCAAGGCUCCUAUAUGAUGGUGAACUCUUCAAAGCACAUUCAAGGCCAGAAAGCUCAACUCAUGCUCCCUCCUUUCACUGAAUAUUGUGCUCACUGUAUCCAAUUCAGCUACUUCCUCUAUGAUAGAGAUGGAUUUAGACCGAUUUCACUCAAUAUCUUCAUCAGGGCCAACAACGGAUCUCUUGGUAACUCAGUUUGGAAUAUGUCAGAAUCGCAUGGGAAGCAAUGGUUCCAGGCUGAAGUCGCUGUCAAUAUCAGAAACCCAAAUAAUUAUCAGGUUAUUUUUGAAGCAGCGAUCUUGACGGAACAAAGAGGUUAUAUCGCAUUAGAUGAUAUACUGAUUGCAAAUUCCUCCUGCACUAAAACGGCAUACUUCCAGCUGCUUGAAGAUGCGGAGACAAAUUCUGGGCAGGAUGCAGCAUUCCAUUGUAUUGUACAUGGACAAAUAAAUAAGGCACAAAGCCUUUCAAUGCAGAGACAACACGGAGGCUUAACCGGCCCACCAGCACAUCUAAGGUACCUUGGCCCCAAAAGCUUCGUUGCAAUCUUUCAGCUACAUAAGUUGACAAAGCAAAAUCAGGACCUGUAUCGUUGUGUGAUUCAGUCUGGAAAUGGAUCUGGAGUGUCUAACUUUGCAGCAUUGAUUGUGAAAGAACCUCCAACACCAGCAGCUGCACCCCGAGUGAUAGAGGUUGGCUCAACGUUCCUGAUGGUGGACCUAAAUAUCAACAACACUAUUGGAAAUGGUCCCAUUAUUCAGAAAGAGAUGGUAUACCAGAAGAUCUCAGAUUCCCAGGUAGAAGUCCAGGCUGUUGUCGGUCCAAACUAUAAGCUGAUAGACUUAGACCCAGACACCAAAUACCAGAUCAACAUCCGACUGACUCGGCCUGGUGAGGGAGGGCAAGGAAAGCCAGGACCCAAACUCAUCAGCAAGACCAAAUGUGCAGAACCAGUGCGGGCACCCAAAGACAUCACCUUCUCUGGGAUCAAGUCAAGGCAAGCCACUGUACGAUGGGACCCAUUGGGAUAUAACAGCACUCUAUGCCAGACUUAUUUUUACACUGUGUGUUACCACUACACCUUCAGAGGUGGCUACAUUCAGACGUUCAAAGAAUGCCAGAUUGUUACACAAGACACCUCUUCCUUCAUCAUUAGAAAUCUCCAACCUUAUACUAAUGUCUACGCCAAGAUCACGGUACACAAUUCUGAAGGAAGGAGAGAGAGUGAAGAACUUAACUUUCAGACAGAUGAAGAUGUACCUGGCAGAAUUCCAGCAUCGUCCAUCAGGAGUUCAUCCACAGAGGAUACGGCAUUUUUGGAAUGGAAUGAACCACAGGAGACUAAUGGUGUUAUCACACAGUAUGAGGUAAGCUAUCAAUGCACCAAAUCCUCUGACCCAGCAGUGAUUGUACCCUGUCCAAAGAAAACUCUCUUGAAACCCAGGACUGAGACCAACCACAAGUUUAAGAAUUUGGAACCGGGCACUACUUAUCGUUUCUCAAUUAGGGCAUCCACUGUCAAAGGAUUUGGCUUGAGAGUAUUUUCUAUGAUCACCACAAACAUAAAAGCUCCUUCCUUUGAAUAUGAUGGCAUGCCUUCUCCAUUGGCUGUAACAAACACCACCAUUACUGUCCAGCUGAAGCCAGCACGAGGCCGUGGUGCUCCAAUCAGUGUUUACCACAUCAUUGUGAAAGAGGACAAGCUACGUAAAGUGAAGCAAGAACCCAGAACACAAGAGUGCUUUCCUUUGUCCAUUACAUGGGAAGUGGCUGUAGCUGAAGGCAUUCCACACUAUUACAGUGCAGAGCUCAUACCCAGAAGCCUUACAAGACCCAGGCCUUUCACUGUUGGAGAUAAUAACAUCUACAGUGGCUACUUGAAUGCACCACUAGAAUCCAUGAAGAACUAUAGCAUCUACCUCCAAGCUAUGAGCAAUUUCAAUGGGGAAAAGAAAACAAACUGUACGUUAAUUGCUGAGAAAGCUGCUUAUAAAGGAAGACAAGUGGCUGCUCCACAUUUUCAUGGAAUGGGCUUGAUCCUGGGCAUCUGCGUUGGAAGCUUGGCAUUGUUUGUCCUGAUUCUCUUGUAUGUCAAGAAGGGGAAAUGCACCCAAACAGCCAAGACUUUUGCGAGUUCCCAGUGUGAAGAAACACACAGGAGGAAUGUCAUGGAAACGAGCUCCACUGACCAGGGCACCCUGCGAGAAACACUUAACAGCAGCAGUCAUGAACAGCACAGCACAAUGAGUAUAUCAAGCAGCUUAUCAGAGAACUUCUCCCAGAGACCUUGUCAUCGAGCUGGGUUUCCUUACCAGAUUCAGGAGCUGCACCCUGCAAUCCGACUGGUUGACCUCAAAGAGCACAUCAAUCAAAUGAAAUCAUCAAAGGACUAUGGCUUCAAGCAAGAGUAUGAGAGCUUCUUUGAGCGCAAGUCUUCCUGUCACAAAAUGUCAAAGAAGAAAGUACGACGUUCUGAAAGUAGAUAUGUAAACAUCACUGUCUAUGAUUGUCGUCAAACCAAGUUACCUCCAUAUUUGGAAGAUCCUGGAUUUAUUUAUUUGAAUCUGAGUUAUUUCAUUGCCCACCAUAAAGCAAAACAAUUCAUUGCAGCACAAGGACCCAAACGAGAAAUGAUGUAUGACUUCUGGAGGAUGGUGUGGCAGGAGCAUUGUAAAUGUAUCGUGAUGAUUACCAAACUGGUGGAAGUUGGACAGGUCAACUGCUGCAAAUACUGGCCUGAUGACAAAGAGCUGUAUGGAGACAUAAGUGUUACUUUCAUUAAAGCAGAGUUUCGAGCAGAAUAUACUGUCAGAAUCUUCUCACUUCAAAAGACAGGUUACGCAGCCAGACGUGAAAUUCAGCAGUUUCAUUUCACAGCCUGGCCAGAACAUGGAGUUCCCUGUCAUGCAACAGGUCUCCUCGCAUUUAUUCGUCGUGUCAAGGCUGCUAAUUCUUCUGAAUCUGGACCACUCGUCAUCCACUGCAGCACUGGUACCGGGAGAACUGGAUGCUACAUUGUUUUGGACAUGAUGAUGGACAUGGCAACGUAUGAAGGUGUUAUUGAUGUUUACAACUGUGUGAAGACUCUGUCCUCAUGGCACAUUAACAUGAUUCAGACUGAGGAACAGUAUGUUUUCAUCCACAAUGCGAUCUUGGAAGCCCAUCUGUGUGGUGACACCUCCAUAUCAGUUGAGAAAUUCAAAUCUACUUAUGAAGAAAUGAUCAGAGUCAACCCUCAGAGUAACUCCUCAAAGCUCAAUGAAGAAUUUCAGGUUCUUAAUUCAGUGACUUCUCAACUAGAUAAUGAAGAUUCCAGCAUCUCUCCCUUACCUCAGAAUCAAGCAAACAACUGUAAUAUGGACACCGUCCCACCUGAUGAAUGCCUUCCACUGCUCAUUACUGUGGAUGAUGAAAGUAACAAGUACACCAAUGCUACCUUGUUGGAUAGCUACUGCCAAGCAAAAGCUUUUGUGGUGAUCCCACAUCCUUUUCAAAAUGACGCAGCAGACUUUUGGAGACUUGUGUACAACUGCAAUUGUUCUUUAAUAAUCAUGCUGAACCAACUUGACGAAUUAAACUCUGCUCGGCCAAGCUUACAGUAUUGGCCAAUGAAUGGAGUUUGGCAAUAUGGCCCCAUACAAGUGAAAUUCGUCUCUUGCACAAUGAAUGAGGAAAUCUGUGACACCUUGUUCGAGGUCAGAAGUGUAUCAAAGCUUGAGGAAAAAUAUCUGAGAGUGAAACAUUUCCAAUACCUUCAGUGGCCUACAAACAGUGGUGUACCCAAAUGCAAGAAAUCAUUCUUAAACCUACUGAGGAAAAUUGAACAAUGGCAGACAAAAUGUGGUGAUGGGCGAAUUGUCAUUCACCGUUUGAAUGGAGGAGGGCAGAGUGGAAUACUCUGUGCAUCUAUUUCCAUCAUGGAGAUGAUCAAAUACCAAAAGAUGGUGGAUGUUUUCCAUGCAGUACAGACUUUACGCAACAACCAACCAAACAUGGUUGACUGCCUGAAACAAUACCGCUUCUGCUACGACAUUGCACUUGAUUACUUGGAGUUCUAGGACACAAGCAGCACAGAAUGAUCAGUGGCCGAAAAGCAUCUUUGUUUUUG